GUCAUCGUCCUCCUCCACCUCCCCCUUCUUAUUCACUCACAUCCAUCAACCCAUCACACCACCAUCACUACACUUGUACCCCAGCGACAUCUACCCGCAUCCACACCCUUCGCCUCCCAUCAAAUCCUUCAACACAUGGCCAGCAUCUGCUCACGCGGCAACACAAGGCAUGCACCACGCGACACCCGUCCCUCUACACCGUCGUCCACAUAACCCCAUCGCUGCGCCCUCGCCGUCCAUCGCCACAACGACAUAAUUCCCACACCUAAUCCGCCGCCAUGGCCUUUAAUUUCAACUGGUCGCCGCUGAUAGCGGAUACCUCGCGCGCCCGCGACAUGCUCACCACCGCUCUCAACAAAUCCCCCAAACCGCCCAUCAUCGUCGACGACAUCAUCGUCACCGAAUUAAACCUCGGAUCCACCCCGCCCGAGCUGGAAAUCCUCGAGAUUGGCGACCUGGCCGAGGACAGGUUCAGAGGCAUCUUCAAAAUGUCCUAUACCGGCGACGCCUUUCUCACCCUCAAAACAAAAGUCCAGGCCAACCCGCUCAACACCUAUCUUUCGUCGAAGCCCGAUUUUGCCUCGCCCAUGCCUCUGGCCGCGUCGUCUGGCUUGACCAUACCGUUACAAAUCACCUUGUCGGAUAUACGGCUGAGUGGGUUCGUCAUAUUGGUCUUUUCGAAGCAAAAAGGCAUCACGCUGGUUUUCAGAAAUGAUCCCUUGGAAAGUCUGAAAGUUUCGUCUACGUUCGAUACUAUACCCUUUGUCAGAGACUACCUGCAAAAAGUCAUCGAGGAGCAAUUGCGCGUCCUCUUCAUGGACGACCUUCCAGCCAUUAUUCAUCGAUUAUCGUUACGGCUCUUCGUCCCAGAAUUCCAGGAGCUCGAGACGGAGACAGAGGAGAGGUUGGAUGGUUCUAAUGACACCACAGUUCCCAUAGACCCACUCUUAACACCACCGCAAGAUGCCAUCGACUCGUUCGGCAACCCCAUCGACGUUUCGCAAAUCACCGCGCUUUCCCUCGACCCUGCUUCCGAAAUGCACGCUUCCUUUUCCAAGAGCAACAUCCUCCGUCUCGCCGCUCUAUCCGAAUCACAGCGCACGCUGUCUCUCUUUACCCCAGGCAUCCAGGAAGUCGUUUUCCGAGCCUGGGCCAACAAUCCGGAUCAGUCCAACUCUGGCACCGCCACUCCGGCCCUUACACAAUCGAGUCUAUCUAGGAUACAGUCUACUUUCGGAAGCAACCGAUCACAUGCAUCGUCCGUCGCAUCGGGAAGCACUGGCCAGGAAACUUACAGUUCACGGCCAACGGUUGUUUCCAACUACUCCGCACCCGCGGGUCUAAGCCUCGGUGCGAACCGGGGGACUCGUGGACAGAUGCGUAAGCGCAAGAAGCGUGUUGUCGAUCUUCGCAAGAGCAAGGACAGUGCCGAAUCGCCUGGCGUUCCCACAGAGCCAUCUACCCCAAGGGCGAACACGAGUGCUUCUGACACUACAAGCUCCAUUCCCGAGGAGCGAGAAAUGGAGGACCUCGUGACCACACCAACGAGUGCCUCAGACUCGUACUACCGCGUUGAAGGGUCACAUCCGACUAUGAAUGCCGCCGGACCCAGCCGAUUGAUGGAACAAACCGCCAGCGCGGAUGUCCUCCUGCCCGCCGCCCCACUCUUAGCCGAUGCACCUAAACUCUCGCGACCAAAACCAAAGGCUCCCGCCGCUACCGCCGCCGCAGUCCCUAUCCGACUCCACGAACCCGAAAUGGAAGAGAGGCAAAGAAGCCACUCGAGCAGACCACCGCUCUCCCGCAACCGCCUUCGCCCCACCCAACAAGCCACCUCCCCUCUUCUCCGCUCUCUUUCCUUCGAUAAAGUGACGUCGCUUUCCGCCACGCACUCGAAACUCCCUACAUCCCCAUCGUACGCGGAGAGCACGUCCAGCUCGUCCGGCGGGAUCCUGGAGCAGGCGUGGAUGAUGAAGAUGGCCAACGAGAUUGCGCUCAAAGUGCAACAGGAGAAGGGUCGCGGCGUGUCGCGGGGCCGAUCCGAAGACGUGUCGUCGUCAUCGUCCGCAAAAAAUUUGUCGUCGUCUGCGCCGUCAAGAGGGAUGUGGAUGAGCAGUGAGGAAGAAGAUGCGCCGCCGCCGGCUUAUGUGGCGUGA